AUACUGGAAAGGUUACCUUGCAUGGAAAGCUUCAAGAGGGCAGCUACUUGAUUUACGCUUGAGAUUGUAAAAGUUUGCUACAAAUGUGGAUGAUAGCAUGCGUAUUAUAAACAGACUCCUGGUGGCACUUUCUGAUCUAUUGAGUAUGAAAAGCGUCAGUGGCAUUCUUCAUACCUGUGCAACUUUAGAUAUGGCCACAAAACAUUCACAAAAAUGUUGUGAAAAAGUUGUGGAAGCCGGGGCAGUUGACACGUUACUGAAGCUGAUUCGCUCAGUUAGUCGAAGUAUACCUGAUCAAGAGGUUCUAAAACAUGCACUGUCUACUCUAAGAAACCUUGCUCGAUGUUCACAUUUGACUGAAGUGCUGGUUCAUAGUCGUGGAUCUGUAGAAACGAUUCUUUGGGAGUUGCUAAGAAACAAAGAGGAGGGUUAUUUCAUUGCUUCUGAGCUUUUGAGGAAGAUAUCUUUGAAUACGAAAGGUGUUGAAGCUGCACGCAGCUCGCCAACUCUCUUGAAGAGGUUACACAAUCUUGUUGAGGAUCUCACAAGAAAGACAGGCAACGAAAAGAGGAAUGCUAGGGUCAGCUUGCAAGAGAGCAGUUGGAGAGAAGAUUAAGAGAAGCUGUUGAGCUCCUAAAUUUAAUUACAAAUGGAUAAAGCAAAGUUCCAACCCUAUAUUUGGUACAAUGUAUAUUUUUAUAGUCAAGAAAAAGUUCCCUUUGAAUUGAAUUUUUUUGGGGGAUCCCAAUGUAUGUUUGUUUCUGUGGGAAUUUGUGAUUUCAUGAUCCUUGUAACCGUAUUUGUUUCUAGCUAAUAGUAAUGAAGUUUAAGCUGUCUUUUGUGAU